CGCGACGCAUUGAGCGGAAUCUAUACGCAUGCGCACCGUCGGACCCUGAGGCACACGAUAGACAAGAUGUCUGAAGUCACAGCAGAGAAGCGUCCCCUGGCUGAGCCGCUCCCGCAGGAGAUCCCAGUGCGGCCUGCGCUCCCUGCCAAGCAGGAGGCUGCCCCGGCCCGGACACGGUGCCCCAGCUCCGACCCAGAGCCCAUCUGCAUUGAGGACGAACCCGCCCGGCCCAGCCCCGAGGGGAAGGUUAAGGCCUCUUCCAGCAACAGCCCCGUCUAUCGCCUGGGUUCCAACCAGUGCUUCCACUGCCUGAUCACCUUCCCGGACGAGAAGUUCAAGGAGCGGCACAUGAAGCGGGAGCACCCCGAGGACUUUGUGCAGGAGAAUCUGCGCGACGCCCUCUUCGUCUGCUUCAUCUGCAGCAAGCCCUUCGAGAGCUCCCGCGCCCUCAUCUGCCACCAGCGCGGGCAUGCCCCCGCCCCGCCCCCCGACUGCCCCGACUGCCUGCGCCCCGCCUUCGAGUGCCCCGACUGCGGCCGCCGCUUCGGCCAGCUGGCCAACUACCAGCGCCACCGGCUGGGUCACGCCGCCGGCCGCAGCCUGCCCCACCAGUGCCCCGACUGCGGCAAGAGCUUCCGCCAGCUCUCCAACCUCCGCCGCCACCAGGCCUCCCACCAGCGCCCCCUGGAGCUGCUGCCCUCCCGCCCCUACUCCUGCACGGAGUGCGGCGAGAGCUUUGCCCAGGAGGCCGGCCUGCACGAACACUACAUCCGGCAUGCCCGCGGCGAGCUCUAGCGCCGCGGCCUGGGGGCUCUGGCACCGCCCCAGGAGCUCUCCGGCCCCCGUGGGGAGAGCUGGGGCUGCAGCAGAAUGCCCCCCUCUUCCGCCACCGAGCCCUCUCCCGUCAGCUCCGGGCACUGGGACAGCAGGCGCCACCUGGCAGGAAGUCGAGCAAGAAUGGGACUGGAAGGACAUUGACGGGACGAGAGGGCACCAGCUCCUCUCCGGCCCCAAGGCGGGGGAUUGGCUGGGGAAUGGGGCACGGGGCCUGUCCCCUCUAGGGAGCGCGGGCUCCUAUCCAGCCCCAAGGCGGGGGAUUGGCUGGCUCUGGGGGUUGGGGAAUGGGGCACGGGGCCUGUCCCCUCUAGGGAGCGCGGGCUCCUCUCCGGCCCCAAGGCGGGGGAUUGGCUGGCUCGGGGGGUUGGGGAAUGGGGCACGGGGCCUGUCCCCUCUAGGGAGCGCGGGCUCCUCUCCGGCCCCAAGGCGGGGGAUUGGCUGGCUCAGGGGGCUGGGGAAUGGGGCACGGGGCCUGUCCCCUCUAGGGCGUGCGGGCUCCUAUCCGGCCCCAAGGCGGGGGAUUGGCUGGCUCAGGGGGUUGGGGAAUGGGGCACGGGGCCUGUCCCCUCUAGGGAGCGCGGGCUCCUCUCCGGCCCCAAGGCGGGGGAUUGGCUGGCUCAGGGGGUUGGGGAAUGGGGCACGGGGCCUGUCCCCUCUAGGGCGUGCGGGCUCCUAUCCGGCCCCAAGGCGGGGGAUUGGCUGGC